AUGUAUAAAGAUUUAGCAAUUUAAAAAUCUUAUCUUGGACUAGCUAUUUUGCUUUCUUUAGCUUAUAGCCAAUAAUUAAAUGAAGAUUUACUACUUCGUAAAGAAUACCCGAUGGACUCAACAUUUAUUUCUAGGAAUGAUUAAACAAUUUAAUUUGAAUUUUGGAGUUUCUAUAUAGCAACAUUUACACCAAUAUCAUACCCUUAAGUUGAAUAAUAAUUAUCUUAGGACAAACCAAAAACAUAAUUACUGUUUUUAUUGAAGAAUGAAGGAAAGGUAUUAGCAUUUAUGUAUGCAAAUAUUAUGUCAGGAAAUUAUGUAAUUCAUAAUCUUAUUAUCAAUGAUAUAAUAUAUGAGAUAAUAUAUGAUCCUAAAUAUUAUGAGGGAAUUUGGAUAAUGAACCUUAUAACUUUAAAGAAUUAGUAGUAAUUAUUAUUUGAAACAAUGGGUAGUAUAAAUAAUUUAAAUUGGAUUAAUAUAAAAUAUACUAAGAAAUACAUUGAAUUUAUAGUUGGAGGAACUGGGAUUGUAAUUUAUAUAAAAAUAUUUUAGAUAAAUGGAAAAUAUGAAUUAGGAGUAUUUCGCGGAAGAUUAUCCUUUACAUGGUAUGAACAUUAUUAACGAGUGGCACAGGAUGUUUAUGGAACUAUUUAUUGGUUAAGAAUGAAUGAGCAUAAAGAAACAUUUGAUCUCAUUCCAGAUGUACUUAAUUUUGAUGGACUUAUUUAAAAAGUAUAUGAAUUUGAAUAGUUUGGGACUAGAUUUAGUUUAUUUGGUUGGGUAAAAUAUAAUUCUACUGAUGCUUAUUCAUUAAAGUAAUAUUUGGUAGUUAGACUUACAAUCUUUAAAAAUUAUUAAAAUGAAACUAAUCUUGGGGAUGAAAUUGUUAAAAUAAUUAUGAAUAUAGAUUUAUCAGACAAAAAUAAUUGUGGAUAUGAUGUUAUAUCUCAUCAUUAUAGAGUGCCUUACCCAAUGUAUAUAGAGAACCCAUAAAAUGAUAAAUUAUCUAUUAGAUAAGAAUUACCUUAUUAAGAAUUAUUAACAAAAUGGCAUUUUAUUUCAUUUGAAUAUGGAUUAGAAGGAAGAGAUUCAAAAUCAUAAUUUAAAGUGAAUUUUUUUGAGAAUAAAGUUCUAAAAAGUCAUACUUUUACUUAUCUAUUAGGAGACUUCAAAUACCAUAGUUUAUUUAUUAAUACUAAAUACUAUGCUAUCUUUGGAGGUGAUUAUUUUCUUUUUGAUAAAUUAAAAGGAUAAUUAGCAGGCUUUUAAUUUAUUACAAAUUAUUAAGAAAAUUAUAAUAUAGAUUUUUGUAUUUUAAUUAAUUUUAAAUAGCUUGUCAUUAAAGCUGUCAAACUUGUUUUGGUCCAUUAUAGAAUAAUUGUUUAUCUUGUUUUGAAGAUCCACAAAACACAUAUCUGGAAGAAUUACAUUAAUGUUCAUGUCCAAUAGAUCAUAUAUAUAAAGAUAAUUAAUGUUUAUCUUUUUAAGAUUUAUAUUAAACAAUGCUAUAUAAAGAAAUAGGGUAGGAUAUUGAAAAUUUAGGAUGUUCCUUUGGAUAUUUCUAUUUGCCAGAUCCUGGAGUAUGCAUAAAAUGGUAAUAGAUUAAAUUAAUUUAGUCCUUAAUCAAAUUCUUAUAAUCUAUUAUGUAUAGAUUGUUUAUUGAAUUCUAAGACUUGGUAUAAAGAACCAGUUUGUAAAAAGGAUUUAAUUACUUCAUAAAUCUCAUAAAAAGAUGAUGCAUAUACUUCUUAAAUAAGAUCUACUUAAGAUUAUGAUUUUUAUUACAUAGAUCAAAAUAGUUUAAUUUUAAUCUUAUUGGAAGGAGUUUAAGAUUAUUGUAACAUAAAAGAUAUCUAUAUUUAAAAUUGUUUUUAAUUAGAAGUUUUGCAUUUAAAUGAAUAAGCAUUUGGAUUUUGUAAGCAAAAUUAUUAUUAUUCUAAUUUAAAGUGUAUUUAAUUACACAAAGCAUGUAUUAAAGUAGAUUAAAUAUAUUAAUAUUGCACAGAAUGUUAAAGUGGAUAUUAUUUAUCUGAAGAUGAGAAAUCUUGUAUUUAAUGUCCAUAAUUUUGUUAGAAAUGUCUUAAUUAACAUCAUUGCUUAUAAUGUGAUUCAGGAUUUGGAUUGAUUCACGAUUAAUGUUAAAAAUGUGGUAUUUUUUGUAAAAUUUGCAAAUUUUCAUAAGAAUAUUAAAUUUUGAGAUGUUUGAGUUGUUUGGAUAACUAUAAAUAUUAUUUAACCUUAAAUGCUGAGGAUUGUAGAAUUAAUUCAAUUGAAAAUUGUUUAAUUGCAUUUGAAAAAUCUUCAUAAGCAAUUUCAUUAGACUAUGAAUUUGAACCGAAUUUAUCAUAAUUGAAAACAAUACUUGAAUGUGCAAAGUGUAUAAAUGGUUAUUAUUUUAACCAAGUAAAAUCUGCCUGUUUUUAAGGUGAAUUACAAAACUGCCAUUAAUUUUACGUAGAAAAAGUUGGAGUUUUCUCUGAAAAUGUAUGUUUAUAUGGUCCUUAUGUUUCAGACUAAUUAUUAUACUCAUUUUCUGAUGAAUGUCCUAGAUUGAAAUAAAAUUGUCGAUUAUGUGUAAUGGAAUAAUUAACAACCAAAAUUGUUGAUAAUAAAAAGGUUCCAUUUAAAAUUUCUUAUUCUUGUAUUCUUUGUUAAAAUGGUUAUUAUGCUUAAAACCUAUCAGGAUCAUGUAUAUAGUGUCCAUCAAAUUUAAAUUGUUUGAGUUGUUUUGAAUAAAAUAAAUAUUCUAAGGAUGAUUGGAAAAAUGAAAUUCGUGCUUUUUAUAGAUCCUCUAUAGAUAAAGAUUAUUCAUAACAUAAAUUUAUUGAAAAUGCCAUAAGUUAAAAUUAAUUAGAUUAUGAAAUAUUAUGUACUAUAUGUUAAGAAGGAUAUGAAUUACAUGAAAAUUAAUGUAUUGAAACAUGUCCUCCAUCAUGUUUAGAAUGUUAAUUAUAAAAUAAUAAAAACAUCUGUAUUAAAUGUCCAUAAGGAAUCAAACUUAGAAGUAAAAGUUUAGUUAAUAAUUAAUGUAUUACUUGUCCACAUAAUUGUGAAUCAUGUUAUAAAAGAGAUUAAUAAGAUGUACUUUCUAUAAAUCCAGUAUUCGACAAUAAAUAAUUUUCUACUUAUUCAUAUUACUGUUUAUCCUCAGAAGAAGGCACUUUUGAUUAAGAAUUAGGUAUAUAUAUAGAUUGUAAAUCUGGACCAUGCUUAAAAUAAAUAGUUAUAAAUUUAGAGUUAAUUUGUGAUAGUAAUUAAUAUUACCAUUAAUUAUACUCAUUUGAAAACGAAGAAAAACGAAAAGAAUUUUUACAAAAUACUAUUUUAAGUGAUAAUUUAUUCUCUUCCUCAAGCUUUUCUGAAGUAAAUGUUAACAAAAUUAAUUUAGUUUGAGACAGAUUAGUUUUAUUAAUUAGCCAAUCAGAAAGCCAUUAAAUAAAUCAUUAUAAAAAUUGUUAGUAAUCAAGAGUAACAAUGUAAUGUUGUUGAUUAAUAACAGAUUACUUAAAAAUUUAGUUAAAAUAUUUUCUCUGCCAUGUAAGUCUAUCUUUUUAUAUAAAAUUAGAGACGUAUAACUCGAACUUUAUGGAGAAGGAAUUACUUCUAUUAAAUUUAAAAAAUAAUUUACAAUCCUUAAUUUUAAUAGAGUUCAUAUUUAAGGAUUUAAUAUUGAAAUUGAAUUUUUUGAAUUUGGUUUAAGUUUAUUAUAGUUUAAAAGCGUUUUCGAUUAAACCAUUGAAUUAAUGGACAUUUUCUAUCAUUAAUAUAACUUUGAGAUUACUUUUUAUAUUUUGAUAUAAGAUACCAAAGAUGUCAUUAUAUCAAACUUUUUUGCAGAAGGAGUUGAAAGAAUAUAUAAUCUUGAGUAUUUUAUUAAAGUUGAAUAAAUAUCUAAAAGAUAAACAAUUAGAAUAGAAAAUCUCAAUAUUAUUGGGAGUAAUUUUUGGAAUACAAACUGUUUAUGGUUUGAUUUAAAAAUUGAUGAUGUAGUAGAAAUGAAUGAUAUAAAAAUUGAAAGAACAAUUUUCAAUAAACCCUUUGUAAAUCAAACUCUUGGAGAAUUAUAUAUACAUUAUAUGAGAAUUACUGAAUCAUCGAUAUACUAGACAAAAGCUUUAUUUUCGAUUUAUUAACUGAAAUACUUUGAAUUAAUAAAUUUAGAAUUUUUUUAUUGUUAUUUAUUAAAUUCAAGAUUAUUUUAGCUUAAUAACUAUGCGUAAAUGUUGGAUUUAAAUUUUACAUCGAAUCGGCUUAAUGAAAGUUCUUAUUUCUUUAUUAAUGAGGAAACCGAAAUUAAAUAUAUUUUGUUUGAUAACAUUGAAUUUGCAUUAAACACUUACAGUGAAUAGGAUAGAUUUAUAAAAAUUACUUAACUUAUUAAACCUAAUGAAAAAAUAGAAUUUAUAGAUGUUAAAAUUAUUGGAAACAAUUUGUUAUAAAAAUUUUAAGAAUCUUUCUUUGAUAAUUAAGAAGUAACUUUAAUCUUUUUAUCAGCAAGUUUUAUAUAAAUUGAUAUUUUUACAAUCUAAAAAAAUAAUGGGAUCUCAAGUAUGGUUAUUGCAGAUUCUGAUUAGGUUAUAUUAAAUAAAAUUUAUAUUGUGUAACAUGCCAUUAAUGGAAUUUAUGAAUAAUAUGAUUGCUUUUAGUAGUCUAUCGUUAAUUAAUAUUAUUAUCUUUUAAUUAGCAUUUUUGAUGUGCCUAAUAUAAAAAUAAAUUAAUUAUUAAUAGAAAAGACUUAAUCAAUAAAUUAUCCAAUAAUUGAAAUAAAGACUUCUAUUUCAAAAAUUAAAACAAAAUAUCAAAUCGAAUUCUCAGAACUAGAAUUAACUUCAAAUUUAAUCUUGAUAACAAAUAAAAUUAAAUAAGCAUCAAUAAUAUUGAUUUAAUCUGAAGCAAAUUAUUUAAUAGAUAUUAUUAAUUCAAGAUUUGAAAAGAAUAUUCUGCAUCAAUAUUUUUAAUUAGAUUUAAUUAACACGGGAUUAAUAUUUAAUAUUGAUUGCUAGUAUUGUACAAUACUUUUAAGUAAUGUAAGUAUCCAAAAAAAUAUAGUUACUAAUAGUCCAAAUAGUAUUCUGUAUAUUUAAACAUAAAAUUUAAAAAUUUUAAAUUCUAUAUUCACAUAAAACAACUUAUUUGAUUAUUCAAUUUUAUAGCCCUAUUUAUAUUGGGGUUAUGAGGAUAAUCAUGAAAUAUUUGUUGAAGAUAUAUUAGAAAGUUUUCCUAUAAUAGUUUUAACAGGAAAUGGAAAGAUAGUUUGUCAAGAAAUAAUUAUAAAAAAUGUUACGAUUUCUAAUUCUACAGGUCCAGGAUUAUAGAUCUAUUUAGAAAAAGAAGCCUAAAUAAAUAUCUAAGAUACAAUAAUCAGUAAUAUUAGCACUUAAUUUCUUAAUGAUGAUGAAAAUGGUGGAGCUUUUUUAUUUGAUACUUCUGCUGCAACUUCAAUUUAGAUUUAAUUGAAAAAUAUAAUUGCCUAAAAUGUGUUUUGUAGAAAUAGAGGAGGAUUAAUUUAUAUUCAAAAUGGCUUAUAAAACACUAUUAUUAAAUUUGAAAAUUUAGUGUUAAAUGAUAUAUUCUCAUUAUAAGGAUCAAUAAUUUAUAUUGAAUUUUCGGUAUACAAAAAAUCACAAUAAUAAAUUAUGUUUAAUCAUUUGGAGAUCAAAAACACAAUUUAAGGAUACUUAUAAUAUCUAGAUAAAUUUAGUCUCAUAGAUAAUUAAUUAAUAUCAUAAUUGUAAUUUCAAAGAAGCUUAAUUCAGAUAGCAUAUGCAAAUUAUAUAAGUUUAAGUAAUAUAAUUGUUAUGUUAUUAAAUUAUGAAUCUUUUAUGACUAUAUCAUAGACAUAACAUUUAGAAAUUCUAAACACCAGUAUUUCAAAUUCAACCUUUUUAAAUACAAUGAUUAAUUUAGAUUUAAAUGAAAAAGAUUCUUAAAUAAGGAUUAUAAAUUUUUAAGUCAAAUAUGUGGAAGUUUAAAAUUAAAUAAAUGUUAUUGAUAAAUGUAUUAUGAACUAAUAAGAAUUUGUUUAAUAACAAUCAAUUUGCUCAAAUGAUAAAUUCUAAAAAGAAUCUCCUAUUCUUUUAAAAUAUAAUAAAAUUGAAACUGAUUUAUAAAAAUCACAUUGCGUAAUAGAAUUAAUAAAUAAACUCUAAAAAUAUCAAAUAUAAAGCCUUCUUAAUAUAAAUCCUGCUUCAACAUAGAUUCAGAUUUCAUAAUUUCAUAUAACUCAUAUAAAUUGUAAAAUUUGUUAAAAAGGAUUGUUAAAUAUGAAUAUUCAUGAUGAUAAAAGUGUAAUAGUUAUAAAUGAAAUUGUUUUAAACGAUAAUUAAUGUGGAUACUAAAGUUGCAUAAAUCUAUAUAAAUCAGUAUUAACUUUUCGACUUUUAUAAUCCUUCUAUUAAAAUAUCAAUUCAAAAUAAUUUGUAUUAAAAAUACAAAAAUAUCAAUGUAUGAGAAAUUUAGCAUAGAAAGGUACAUGUCUAUUCAUUUAGAAUGUAUCAACUUUAAUUGAAGACUCUAUAUUUUUAAAUAAUACAGCUAAAGAAUAAGGUGGGGCUAUGUAGGUAGAUGGUUAAGCAAAUUUUUUUAUAUUGAAAUCUAUAGUUUAAUAUAAUAAAGCUUUAUUUGGUGGUGGUGUAUUUCUAAAAGAUUAGAAUAAUUAAAAUCUAGUUAGUUAAUAAACAAUAAUUGAUGAAAAUGUUGCAACUCAAUUUGGUUAAAAUUUUGCUUAAAAACCUACAUAAUUAUCAGUUUCAAUUGAUUUAAAACAUACUUUACCUAAAGUUAAAAUUCUAGAGAAGAAUGAUAUUCUUGUAGAAUAAAUCUAAGUGGGAAAAUAUUCUUUAUUUUUAAAGAAUUAUUCAAACGUCCUCUAUGUUCCAAAUGGGUAAAGUUUAUCUAAAUAUUAACACUUUGAUUUGAAGAAUAAAGAGUAUAUAACAUAUAAUUUGCAUCUAAGAUUGAAACCUUUAGAUUCUUUCAAUAAUGUUUAAGAGAAUUUAUAAAAUACAAUUUGCACAAUAAGUGGAAGGUUACGUAAGGGAAAUGAAGAAUCAGAUUUCUCAAAAGAUUAUACAAGUUUUAAUGAAGUUUAAUUCAAUAAAUCGGAUUACAAUUUUGAUGAUAUUAUCUUUUACUUAGAUAAUUAAUUAAAUACAACUUUAGAAGUAUAAUUUUAUUGUAAUUCUGUUUUUACUCCUAUUUAUGGAAAAUAAGGAGAAAUUAUGGGAUAUCACAAUAAUUAUUAUUUAAGAAUGAAUAUAAAUUCAUUUCCAUGUUAAGUAGGAGAAAUAAAAAGUGUUAUUGAUAACACUUGUGUUCCUUGUAAUGCUACAUAAGGUUUUUAUUCUUUAGUUUUGAAUUCAAAUAGUUGUUCUUAAAAAGAUGAUUUUACCACAAGUGAAAUUCAAUCUGCAUAAUUAAAAUUAAAGCCAGGGUUUUGGAGACCUUAUUUUGAUACAGAUUAAAUAAGUUAAUGUAUCAAUUUAAUGAUUAAUUGUAAUGGCGGAUGGCAUGAAGGAGAUACAUCAUGUUAUUUAGGUCAUAUUGGAGCAUUAUGUGAAGAAUGUGAUUUACAUAAUAUUAGAGGUCUUGGCCAUUUUUCAACAAGUGAUAAAUAUUCUUGUGGUUCCUGUAUUGAUAAAAGUAAAAAUGCUGUUGUCAUUGCAGGUAUUAGUUUAUGGUAUAUAUUUUAAUUAUCUUUAGGACUUUAAUAUCAAUAUUAAUUACAGUUAGGAGUAAUAAAACUUUAAAUGAAUAAAUGAUGCUUAAACGAAUAAUAUCAAGAUUAAUACCUUCUACAGUUUAAUAUCACUCUAAUUUUGGUAUUUUAAUUAAAAUGAUUACUAAUCAUCUCUAAAUAGUAUCUGCUGUUUUUACUUUUAGAUUCACUUUAUUAAUUAGUCUUGGUAAUUUUGUUAAUGCUGUUAGCAAUCCGAUACAAACAAUGACACAUUCUCUUGAUUGUUUUUUAAAAGAUAUAUUUCCCUUUGAAAUACAUUAUUCAGUUAUGUUGUGGUAAAUAAUCAUGCCUUUUAUUUAUAUCAUUUUGUUUUUAACCUUAUACACUAUUGAUUUAUUAAUUUUCAAGAGUGAAUUUAGUUUGAAUAUUAUAACAACAACUCUCAUAUAUAUGUACAUCUAUGUUUAACCAUUUUUGGUUGGAGGAUUAAUUUCUCUAAUAUCAUUUAGGCAUAUUUCAGGUUUUCUUUGGAUAUAAGCUAAUGUCUCUUUUAGAUAUGACACGAGCAUCCACUAUGAAUGGUUAUUCAAAUUUUGCAUACCAGUUUUAUUAUUUGUAUCUAUAUUAAUACCAUUAUAUUUCUUUAUGUCUUUGUAUUCUAAUAAAACUUCAUUAUCUCAAAAAAUUACAAGAAAUAAAUGGGGAUAUUUAUAUAAUGAAUAUAAUUUAGAUGCAUAUUAUUGGGAGUUAAUUAAGAUUACAGUCAAAUAACUGCUAAUAAUCAUCCUUUCAUUUUACGAUGAUAAUGUUGUGAAAAAAGGAAUUCUUUUAUUGUCAGUAGUUUAUAUUUAUUAUGAAAUAAGUUAAAAAUAUAAACCUUUUAGAUCACACAUACUAAAUAAAUUGGAUGCUUAUUCAGCUAAUGUCUGUGCUAUUUCUAUGGCAGUUGGUGUAGGCAUUUACAUUGAUUAAUAGAGUUAAUCUUAUGAAAUUUAAAUACCUUAUUUAAUUAUCUUACUCGCAUUUAAUUAGCAAUAUUUGAUUAAAAUUUUUAAAGAAAUUGUAAUUUCUUUUAUCGAAGAAAAUGCAUAUUUUUUUGAUAAAGUAAAAGAAAUAAUUCUUAAUUAAUGGCCUUGGAUACAAAGAUAUUAAAUAUUUAAAAACCUACUUUAAAAUAGAAAUGUUCAAAAAUAAAGAAUAUAAAUGAGAUAUUUGAAAAUAAGAAAAUAUUUAUCAGCCAAGGCUAAAUACAUAAUAAAAUGUAACCAUAAUUACGGCGUAAAAAUAUCAAAUUCUACACAUUAUAAGUCUUUAAAUUGA